AUGAAUAAAAAAAGACAAAAGAAGACUGUAUCAAAUAUGAGUAUGAGUAUAUCUAAUCAAAACCAAUGUAAAAAUAUGCAUUUAUUGAAUAGAUGUAAAAGUUGCCCACCCGUUAUCCUUUCAAAUGUAUCAGCUUCAUUCGAUAUUAUGUCAAAUGAUCAAUCCUGUUAUACUACUGAUACUACUACUAAUAGUAAUAAUAAUUUACAAAUGAAAUUUCGAAGUUCAAGUUAUGAUUCAAUUGAAAAAAAACCCAGAGAAUUUAAAAUAUCAAAUGAUUUCAACAAAUCUAAUAAAUUAAAUAAUAAUAAUAUUCAUCCCUAUAAUUCUUCACAUCAUAUAUUGAAAAUCCCGCGGAAUUCAUUAAAACAACCAUCGACCUUGAACAAUAUAAAUAUUGAACAAAAAACACAAAAGAAUAAUUGUAAAGUAUCAUUAAAGGAUAAAGACAGUAUGAAAAGUUUUGGAUCCUUUCCGAUGUCAUCAUCAUCAUCAUCGUUAUCAUCAUCAUCAUCACCAUCCUUAUCAUCGAUAUCAACAUCAACAUUAGCAUCAAUAACAACGAUGCAAUUCAACGAUGCAUUAAACGAUGAUAUAUGUUGCCAGGCCAAUUUGAAUUGUCCGCAAAAUCUAGUUACACAGAAUAAUAAAACAGUAGACUCAUCACCGACUCGUGAAGCAUUUUUACAGUAUUAUUUAACGUGUUAUUAUGAAGAAAUGAUGCGUUACUUUAUACAACAUCAAAUGUCAACGGUGAAUACUUCAAACUGUAGGAAUACUAUCAAUAAUACUGGCAAUAAUAAUAAUAACAAUUAUAAUAGUGCACAGACAAUGCCAUAUCCAAAUUCAUGUUUGACAACUGCACAAAAUAUCAAUAAUAAACAGAAUAUUAGUAGUAAAUUCCCUUCACAUUUCACAUUUGAACCAUCCAGCAGGCAUCAUGACUUGGAUAACUCGAAAAAUUCUACAGAAAACUUUAUUAAAAAGGAAUUUAUUAUGCGACAAGACUUGUGCCAUUCUCAAAAAAAUAAUGAUCAACUCAUCAUAAAUCGAAGUGAAAGUAAACAUACUACUAGUUUCUCUAUGACUGACAGUAGUAUGCGUAACAAUUUUACGGGUGACAGUGCCACCACUGGUAAAAAGAUGUUUAAUGAAUCAAAAGAGUUGUAUAUUGAAAAUAAAACGAGUCUACGAAAUAACUAUACUACAAGUUAUCAAAUAAAUUCAAAACAGUCUCAAAGAGGAUGUAUUCAACAGAAUCUGUAUGAUAUAGGUGAAGAGAAUUGUGUACAGUUAAUGAGUUAUCAAGAUCCCUUCAAGAAGUCAUAUCCAUGCUUAACUACUCAUGAUCGCGAUGAUAUUGAUGAUGGUGAUACUGUCGAUGACAAUCCCUGCAGUAAUACAAGUAGCUCUCAUAUCUUAACAUCGUCUAAUAAUAGACUGGAUCUUAUGAAUCAAUUAAAUAGUGAUAGAUUGGAGUAUAAAGCUCCAGGAAGUCAUAAACGUACACGAAUACAUCGGGGUUUAAAUUCAGUUCGUAUGUCCUCUGUUGUCAACACACUCAAUAGUAAUAAUAAUAAUAGUCCUACUACAGAUAAUAACCGUGUCUCAGGACGUUCGCCAAUUAAAAAAUUAUUAUCGACUGCGAAUAAUAAACCUUCAACCUCGUUAUCCCCACCACCAACAGUAAUAUCACCAGUAGUAGUAAAAUUCCCUCGGUUAUUAUCCCCUUCAUCGAGUAAUUCAAUCACACCAAGACGUGAUACAAAACGUAAUGAUACAUGUGAAUAUUGUGGUAAAAUAUUUAAAAAUUGUAGUAAUCUGACAGUACAUCGACGUAGUCAUACAGGCGAGAAACCCUAUCAAUGUAAACUGUGCAACUAUGCAUGUGCACAAUCGUCUAAAUUGACAAGACAUAUGAAAACACACGGCAAGGAUGGUAAACCAAGAUAUUUAUGUAAAUAUUGUCAUACACCGUUUAUAGUACCGUCUACACUAGAAAAGCAUAUGCGUAAGUGUAUGCAUUCAAAGCAUUUAUUAGGCGCACAUUCAGUGAAUCGUCAUAAACAAAUGUUUAAACAGAAUCCUCCUGGAAAAUGGCUUCAAUCAUGGCUAGUGACAACAGCGACACCAUCGGAAGCUACAAGUACAGGAUUUCAAGGAGAAGAAAGAAGUCAGAAUAAUAUUAUCAACUUUAAAUUGAAUAAUUCGAAGAAAUUCAAAUCACGUGCUUCAAUGAACACGAUAACAGAAGCAUCGUUAUCGUCACCAUUAUCAUCAUCAUCAUCAACAUCGUUCACAACACCAGCUUUAAUGACAAGGGAUCAUCAAAGGGGAACAGUACCACAUAUGGACUAUUUCAAUCUGGCUAAAAAUCAGCUAAGAUAUUCAGAUAUCAAUAGUUUUAUGAAUGAAAAUUUUGACUGUACAAAUAGUUGUUUGUCUUCUCUAGCAUCAAGCAGUGCUAAGUACUCAUUGGAUCAACAAAAACUGUCAUCAUCAUCAUGUUUUAACCCUGAAAUGAAUUAUUCUCCCAUCAGAAAUGAUAAUAUUCUACAAGAAGACUAUUCAAUGAAGCCUUCUUCGAUCUCUGAAACUUUUAAUUAUCGUCCAUCUAUUCUCCAUAAUAAAUAUCACCAAGAUGAUGAUAUAAACUUGUUUCUACCACCGAAUUCAUCAAGGUCACCGUAUCAUAUACAAACGAAUAAUUUGUCAGAUUUCAAGAGGAAUUCCUCCCUGAUGAUGACAUUUUCACCGAAUGCGUUUAAAUCAGCAUCACUAGGCAACAACACAUCAACACUAACAGAUUCAAUUCGAACAAGUUCCAGUGUAUCAGAUAACUUUAUGUCGAUUGGUGAAAAGAAGCCUGUGAAUAGCAAUGGUGCUCAUAAUAAUAAUAAUAAUAAUAUCAGGCAUUUGUCACUUUUAAUGUCUAAAAUUCUUGACAAUUCACUGGAUACAGAAAUGACGACAUCGAUCAAUCGAAAUGCUUCAACCGCUUCUUCUUCUUCGUUUUCUUAAUCAGUGAAUUAAUUUUCAAAAAGGCGCAAAUUUUGAAAAGAAGAUUAUUUAAGAAAAUAUUUUAAUUUGUCAAUUUUGUUGUUAUUGUGAGUAAUAUAUAAUUAGGUGACAAUACUUACACUAUGCAUACUACUGAUAUUGGUCCCAUUAGAGUAGUAAGUACUAAUCUUGUAUCAAAGCAACAAAAAAAACUCUACUGUGAUUUGUUUUUUCCCAAUGUUAUAUGAUAUCUUGCCCAUCACUAUAGCAACUGUAUGUACACAUACGUAUACAUAAAUUCAUCCUUUACGACAUUCCUGACAGAGACAUUCUACAAACAGUUUAUACUUAUACCUAUUAUUAUUGUUAUUAUUAUUAAGUAAUAUGUGAAUAUGUUAACAAAAUAAUUUCUUUUAUAAACCCCCCUCCUCCCAAAAAAACAAUAAAGUGGCCGAUCAUAAGCAUUUGUUUCCAGUCUCAGUGAAUAAAGAUAGGUCUUGUAAAUCUUAUUUAGGCUGCCCCCCCUCCGCUUUUAAUACAAAUAUCACUGAGAGACCUGUUCAUAAUGUUCCUUC